GCCCUCUGAAAUAAUAGAAUAGAUUGAAACGCGUUGCAGGGUACAGGUUUUCUACUUCGAAGGGCUCGUGGUUCGACGUUCAGUGUGUUAUUACAGGUGUAACCCGAGAGAGCGGUAUGUGGGUAAAAGCCAUUUGGGUUAUCACCCUAUUAGUAUCGUUAUGCAGCCCAACCAACUCGAUUUCCCUCGACUCAGUGAGACAGCAAAACUUCACGAUCGACUUACCCUCACCGAUAUACACCAAUCCACAAAGAAUCGACCUCCGGAAAACCGACUAUGAAACAAAAACGUUGGCAAAACAACAAUUGCAAACCAUAAGGGAAAUUAUCGCGGCCGAUUUUGAACAACUUGAAAAAAGCAGACAAAAGGAUAAAAAACCAAAAAAGGAGAAAUCUAUACAGGUUACUGUGGAGGAUUCGGGAUUUCCCACUUUGGAGGAACUUAGGGCUAAGUGUCAAUUUUUGGCAAAAUUGUAUGAGAAUCUUGGUGAACCUAGUGAAGAAAAGCCAGCAAAAGAUGAAGCUUUAAACAUCACAACCCCGAUAAAGCUGCCAGAGAUUAAUCGUACCUUUAUACCAAGGGGUAAGGGAGGAUUUUUUAUUACAGCUUCAUCAGUGCAAGAAACAACCACCAAAGCACUUUCUAAGCCCACUGGCACACAAGCUUACCCCAGGGUGGCAAUUUCAGCAGUGCAAAGCAGCACACAUAAAAUAAUAACAUCCACGACAACUCCAAACACAACCGAACUACCAACCAAAAAAAUAAAUAUUAGAUACACCAAGUUCGAACCGGUCAUUUUGCAAAAAACCAUAUUAACAGAUGGACGAGUGAUUUAUAAUUGGUAUAGGAGUUUACCUACUACAGCUGUGGACUUUGCUGAAUUACCACCGAUAUCGUCCCCUCCUCAAUUCGAAUAUAAUCCGAUGGCUGAGGAGAUAAGCGAAAGAACGCCCUCUGGGGUGCACACUACAACCACUACCACUAAAAGGUCAAGUUGGUUUGAUCCUUUUGGUUUAUUUGGUGGUGGUAUACCGGAAAAGGAAGAAACCACAACGACUGAAAGUUCCACAUCUCAACCCUCCACAACUAUCUCAACAACUUUCAGGCCUAAAGUCCAAACUUCUACGCCUAUCACAACGACCCCUGAACCCCUAGUAAAAAUAAUUGUUCCAGUUCGCUAUGGCCCAAUAGACGCCAGCCGAGCUCCUCAAAAUGCCCCAGACACGUCAUACAGGCAGCAAUUACCUUCCAGACAAGAAAUAACACCACCGAAAAUUGAACACAUCCCCAGAUUCUCCCUGGGGUACACCGGGGCGGGCUACGGCUUAGGGCCGUAUGCAAGCCCUUAUGACCCGGACUAUCUGAAUUAUAUGAGAAACAUGCAGAUGAAUAGGGAUGUUGAUGGUAGAUUGUGAAAACUCAAUUUUAAUUUUAUGGAAAAUAUGAUAUAGCUAUCUAGAGAAAGUGGUUCAUAUUUUGAGCAAUUUUUAAAUCGAUAUUAAUUGUAUAUGGUUUCCAUGAAAAAACCAGUAUUGGAAUUUCCAUUAGUAUUAGUAGCAUGUAAUGUAUAGAGGCGGUAUCAAAAAUGGGUGAUUCACGUAAUAUGAUUUUGGAAACUCAUGUAAAGAGAUGGAAUAACGGUUUAAAAAAUCUAUUUGCAAUUCGAGGCUAUGUAGUAUGUAAUAUUAUCUCUUUUAAUUUUUGAGAUAUUUUGGAAACCACCAAUUUUUUUCUUCAUCAAUUUUUUCCAAUAUUGACAAGUUAGUAGGGGAAGUCUUUUCUUCACAAAUAAAAUGCUAAUCCUCUAAUUUCAGGAGUGAUGCAUUUCGGAAAGUGUUCUUGCCAUCAUCAGACUCUAAAUGUAUAACAAUUUUACAUUGUUUAUUAUUGUUUAGAAUUUGUGUAUGUGUUAAGUAACUCAGUAAGUAUUUUACAAUUUUACAAUUUUUUCUGUAUUUUUUAUGUCACCUGUCAAGGAAAAAAAAUAUGUUCGUAUAUGUUUUUGAACUGUUUGUAAUAUAUUUUAGAGUCUGAUGAUGGCAAUUUUUCCUUAAUAAUUUUUUUUUCAAAUUUGCAAAAAAACUUUGGGCAACUUUUUAUACACAAAAUCUAUAUAUUAUACGGUGCGUCGCCGAGCGGAACAUAGCCCAUGUAAAUUUUAAGGGGGUCAAUUAUUGGCUUCCCUGUACAUUUUAUAGAAAAAAUGUAAGAUAACCUUUUGAAGAGACCAAUCUGGCAAACCCUUGUGCAAAGUUUCAAAAAAUUUUAAUAAGCGAAUCUUGAAUUAUUCAAUUAAAUGUAAUUGCAAAAUUAGCAAAUUUUCGGUUCAGGUAAAACCAAACGGGCACCAGUAAAAUAAAUAUUGUCACUGACGUGAGGAAAAGGGUCAAUAAAUCAGUGAGAGUCGAUAUUUGAAAACAAGUAUGAAUUAUUCAAUCGACGAAAAAAUAGAUAUAAAUAUUUAAUAUAACUUCAUCGUUAUAUUAAAUAAAAGUUUAGAUAAAAAAGUAAUGUUAACGUGUCUUUGAAUGGUUGUGAGAUUGAUAAAACGAAAAAAAAACAUUUCUUGUAUUCGGCUGUACGUCAGAUUUGACAAAGCCUUAUAACAAAUUGUUUGCUGGUGGAUGGUAGAUGGAAUUUGGUAAUUUUGCAAUUACAUUUAAUUGAAUAAUUCAAGAUUCGCUUAUUAAAAUUUUUUGAAACUUUGCACGAGGGUUUGCUAGAUCGGUCUCUUCUUAAGUAAUAUAAGUUAUCUUACAUUUCUUCUAUAAAAUGUACAGGGAAACCAAUUGACCCCCUUAAAAUUUACAUGGGUUUUCUUAUGUUCCGCUCGGCGACGCACCACCGGGUAUAUAUACUAGUAUUUUGAUAAAGCUUUUGGGGUAAUUUUUUGUACUCCAUGUAUUUAGGAUCGUUUCCAAAUGCCACGAAUGCGUCAUUUUUAGUGUACACCAGGAGGUAUACAUUAAAAAUGAUAUCUUUAAAAUGAUUAUAUUAGAGAUUAAAAAUUAUUAUAUUCGGAGUAUUUCACAUAAUUUUAUCAUGCUUUUACGGCCAUUUAUGUUUUCAAGGCACUUGAGGUAAUUUUUAAAUGCCUUUCCAGAAUUUGGGAUUUUAAGUUUUUAAAUUAGACAAGGGAUUUGAAUUAUUUUUAGAGCUCUUGGAUACUUUUUUCUAGCUUCCGAGGUCAGUUUUUAUGUCUUCUAGAGGUUUGGAGUAAUUUGUCAAUUUUUUCCGGGGAUUUGGACUAAUUUUCUUAUAAUUUGAUGUAUUUAUUUAUUUAUAUCGUAAAUAUUAAAAAAAAACGAAUUACAGGAAACAAUAAAUUACAGGAUUUUUUAAUCUAUCCAUUCUAUUGUUACUUAAGCAUUUUUCUAAAUCUAAUAGUUUCCAAGACACAUGCAACAGCAACUUUGAACAUACUGUACCAUAAAGAUUGAUCUCUAACCAAUCUACCUCAUAUUUAAGACUGAUGAAUUAUUUAAAUAUAAGUUAAUUUAGAACUUAGCUAUAUAAGACCCAUUGUAAAUUAUUUAUAAAAAACCUUUAUAUAUGAAUUUAAACCGUAGUUGUGUAAGUCAAGAUUAAUGUGUAUAAACCUCGGGCUGGAUUGGUGCAAUUCUUUGUAUAAUAUCAAAAGAAACAAAUUAUUUAUAAGUUUACAAUAAAAAUUUGUUUUAUCACUUACCAUAAU